UCAGAAUAAGUUCAGGGCAAUUUCAGGAACUGACUCACUUCUGGGAAACACUUGAGUGGAGAACAAAAGGCUGUCCGGCAGCAGAAAGCCUGCAAAACUUAAACCAAACUUAAGGAAGAGGAGCGGCAGCAGCAGAACAAACUCUUCCUCGGCCUUAACAUGAGUUUCUUUUCUUCUUCAAGCCCAGCCUUCCAACUGGAGAAAAGCAGAGAUAAGGAUGGAAAGGAAGCGAAACCUGGAGACUUGAUUGAGAUCUUCCGUGGUAAUUACAACCACUGGGCUGUGUACAUUGGAAAUGGAUUCGUGAUUCAUUUUGGCGCACCUAAUGCUCUGUCAGGUUCCAGCAGUCGUGGAGUCGGUGGCAUCGUGAUGAAAGAGAAGCUUCAGGAUGUGGUGGGAAAGGACAAGUGGAGAGUCAACAACAGCUCAGAUAAAAAGUACAAACCUCUUCCAGCAGAUGAGAUCGUGAAGAAAGCCUGUUCUCUUGUUGGAGUUUCACUGACGUACCAUCUCACAAAGUACAACUGCGAACACUUUGCCACUGAGAUGCGCUACGGCAAAGCUGAGUCUCGUCAGGCGCAGACAGUGGAAACCGUCGCCGCCGCAGCUGCUGUGGGUGGUAUUACUGGUAUUGUUGCUUCAGUGAUUGGUGGACUCUCACAUGGGUCAACAUAUUAAGACAACCUUUAUGGAGUCAUGAAUCAUACAUGAUCACCGAUUUAAUCAAUACUUUGUAGUUCUGUCUCUUUUUCUUUGGUUCAAACAAACCAUUAGAAUUGUAUUUCAUGAUUCUGGGUUCAGAUAUGAGGCAGUAACCAACAUUAGUGCCUGAAAAUCUCAGAAACAACUGUUCUACUUUUCAUCUCAGUUGACUUUAAAAAGAGGAUUAAUGAAAUGAAUCUUUCUAUUACAUUAAAAAGCUUUACUCGUUUCUCUGACUGAGCUGAGUGUUUGUUCCAAACCAAAUCUUUGACUUUCAGAGGAAACAUUUUUUCAACCCUCUGCUGUUUUACUGAUAUCAAAGAUGAUCCUGUUUCAGGUUGACUUUAGUACAACAGACACUUUCAUCUGAUUUUUCCCUGUUGUAAUAAAGUUUAUUUGCUGGAAACUUU